AUGUUGGGCCACAGUCGAAGCAAACAGCACCCAAACAUUUUGAUCUCUGUAUUCUUCAUUCGCUUCGGCGCUCACGAUUCCAUUCCCAACAAUUCUCUUUUCCAUCCUUCUUUCCCUCUUCCUACGGCCCCACAGGCUUUUCAUCUCUUCCCUCACCUUUACACAUCCUCAUUCCAUUUUAUUCCCUCAACCCUCACGAUUUUUCCUGACAAUUUUUUUUAUUCCUUUUCCCCAUACCGUGUUCUUUCUCUUCAAGUCUUCUCUCUUUUCUACUCAGUUUGUUUCAUACUUCCUCGCCUUUUUCAUACUCCCCCCCCCCUUUAUAUCUGUCAUCCAUUUUAUAAUCUUUUUCUUUCUUAUAACCUCGUCUCCAUCUUUCUCUCUCUCUCUCUCUCUCUCUCUCUCUCUCUCUCUCAUUUCUUAAUUUCCCAAACCCCUUACUCUCAUACAACAUUCCUACAUCUCUUUAUCUAA